UCAGCAGUUUAAAUGUCGUACUUGUCAUUUUACGUCAACAAAUUUUUGUCAACAUGUCAAGUGAUAUAUUGUAAAGUGUUUAAAAGUAUAUGAUAAGAAAAUAUCGCAUACCACAUAAAACUUUAAAGCAUAAAUGUUACUUAAAUAAUGUAUAUUUUAUCGUUUUAUAUUUAUUCGUUAAAGAAUAUGAAUCAAAAUGAGUUGGUUUGAUGCAGCAGGUCUAGCAAACAUUGCAAAGUCAGCUCUUAAAGAAGCUCAAAAAACUAUAGAUAAAGCUUUAGAUAUUAAGGACGAUGAAUCUAUUCUAACUCCUGCAAAUACGCCCAUAGAUCCACUUUCAGAUGACUUCUUUGGUAACUGGGGUUUGGCACAACCAAGUACCAGUCAGGAUAAGAAAAAUCAAACAGCCGUUCAUCCAAAACAAAUCAAUGUGUCGAACAGUAUUUGGGGAUCAUUUACAGGAUCUUUUUUUGAAAAUAAUCAGGAUGGAAAUAAAUCACCUUCGAUUACCAGCCUGGAUGAUACUCUGGACGGUAUAGAAACGUUUAGUCGAAGUAAGCUUGUUGUACAAAAUAUAGAAGAAGUAGAUAAUCAUAUUUCUGAUAUUGUUGAGGGAGAAAAAGGUGAAAAUACCCCUGAUCAAGAUGAAAUUAUUACAGUUGAUACUGAUUUGGAUAAUCAAAAUAAUACAAAUACAGUUAAAAGAAGGGAGAAACAGACCACUUCACAAAGCAACAGGCUCUCAGUACUCAGUGCUGAAAGUGGUAAAAAUAGUUCCGAGAGUGCUGAUAUUAUAACUUGUAGUACAGAAUGUACAAGUCCAGAUUCAGAAAUGUUGUCAGCCGGCCAUUCCAUCUCUACAUCAAGUUCUGCAUUAGGUCUUCAGCCCACAUCAGACUCCGUGGAAGUAUUGGGCGAUAGUUUAACUAGUCCAAGUUCUGUGGAAGUGAUCGGUACUGAUAGUACUAAUAGUAGAAGACAGUCCGAUUACACAGAUGAAGUUAUUUCACCAUUGUCAGAAGAUGAAAAAAGCAGUUCUGUUGAUAAAUUAUCACCGGAUAGUGUUGAAGUAAUUCCAGAAGAUCAGGAUGAGAAUAGUAUUGCUGAAGAUACAAUGUCAUAUACAUCAGUAUCAGAAAGUACAUCUGCAACUGUAUUAGAUUCUGCUUUUAACCCCCAUCUAAAACCCCAGAAGAUGUUAAAAGAUACAUUCGGUCUACCGGAAACUGUAAAUGAAAUUAACACAGAUUCAGAUAAAAAAUAUCCUCUUGUAGAUGCUAUUACAAGGGCUCCUGCUAGAAGUACCAUGCAGUUGCCAUUGACACAGGUUUUGAUAGAUACCCAACCACAGAGUAUCAAACAAGAUUUAACUAAUAUUUUACAAAAAACUAAUAUUAUAGAUAUUCCAGUUGAGGUAGAAGAACAUAGCAUAACAGAAAAUCCAAUUGAUAGUUAUAUACAAGAUGAUAGUUCACAAUCAGAUAAAACUAUAACCGGAAGUGAUAAUAUCAUGGAAAGUAGUAGCGAUACUAGUACAGCGACUGAGACAAGUAGCAAUUCGACUUAUUUAAAAAAUUUAUUAGCAGAUGCAAUGACAGAGAAAAGUGUAUCUAACGAACCAAAGAUGAUAAUGGAUUCUAGUCAAAAAAGUCUCACUUUGUCACAGGUAGAACUGAUUCCUAGGGAGAAUUCACCGAUUAGUUCAGAAAGUCGAUCGGAUCUCGUUAAAAUAGGAUCAGAUCACACAUCAGGGGAUGAAUUAGAAACAACAACAUCUUCCGAUAUAGAAAUAAUAUCAAGUCCUAACGGCGACUCGAGUAGUACCCAAAGUAGACAGAGUCCCGCUAAACAGAUUUGUACAAGAGCUAAAAUGGAAACUGAGGGAUUAGGCAAACUGACUAUAAAGAAAAUAAAAUGUCAUAAUCGAGAAUUAUCGGAAGCUUCUAGUAUAAGCGACGAACUACAUCCCCCGGAAGUGGAUAAGCUCUUAAAAAAAAUAACCGAAAUAACUGAAAUAUUAGAAUCUAGAGAAUCUAAACUCAUAGAUGUGAAUCGUCGAAAUGCCGAAUUACAAGAAGUAAAUAACAGUUUGAAGGUUCAAUUGGAUACCAUAAUAAGUAAGCAGUUGGAAAGUGCUGAUUUAUCGCAGGUCACUGAGGAAUACACCCAAAGGAUGUCUGCGUUAGAAAAGAAAUUCCAGCAGGCGAUCAGGGAGAAAGAUAAUUUAAGAAAGCAAUUAGAACAGACGAAAGUGGAAUCGGCAACUAGAAUCAGCAAAGGUGAAUUUGAAAGCCUAUUAUCAGAGAAAGAAGGGGUUAUAAAAGAAUUGAUGCAGGAAGGUGAAAAAUUAUCUAAACAGCAGCUGCAACAUUCUAAUAUUAUCAAAAAAUUGAGAGUUAAAGAAAAAGAAAACGAAAAUACAAUAAAACAUCUCAAGGAAAACGUGGAAAGUCUUACAACAGAAUCGGAUCGUCUUAAAAAAUCUCUAGCAGCGAAAGAUGAAGUUGAAAGGACGCAAAUAGAAGCUAUCAAUCAGUUAACGUCAAAAAAUAAAAAAUUAGAAAACGAAGUUAAUAAAUUGAAAGGACAAUUGGACGAUUUAACCCAAAAAUAUGAUACUGUUAAAAAAUCACUAGAAGCGGCUAAAAAAGAACUCCAAGAAAAAAUUAAAACUAGUUCCGAAUUACAAAUGCGUGAACAGCUGCUGAAUACUUUGGAAAAUCAAAAGAAAAUGACCGAAUCGCAAAAUUCCGAACUGGUGGAUCAAUUAGAAGAUUUAAGGCAAACGUUAAGGCGAUAUGAAGAAGAUAACGUGAAAAACGAGGAAAAAUUCAGGGAAGAUAAAAAUAAAUUGAUGAGAAAAUUGGAAGAAGCCGAAGCCCGAAAUGAAGAACUAUCACAAUCAGUAUCUGAAGUUAGCAAACCCUUAAUACGUCAAUUGGAAUCGUUACAGGCGACGCAUUCAUUGAAAUUAGCUUCAUUUGAAAAAAUUGAAGAGGAACUCACAUUAAAAAUUACCGAGCUACAAACAAAAUUACAAACCGCGACUAACAAUGAAAGAAUCAUCAAAGAUGACUGUAUCCAAUUAAGGUCGAAAUUUUCGGAUAUGGAAAGCGAACUUAACAGCUUACGCCACAAAUUGGAACUUUCCCAAAUGGAAUUGCAACAACAAAAAACUGAAAGAUUCGUUAACGAACAAGAAUUGAAUAAUAAAAUCGAAAAAUUGAAUAUUUCAUUGAAAAAAUGUAAAGAAACAAUUAGUGAAAAGGAAAACGAACUUUGUAAUUUGCAGCAACACUUUAAUGCGGAAAGAGCUGCUUUCGAAUUGGAAAAGAGACAAAUUAUGUCACAGGAACGACUACCAACCGAAAAUCAAGUAACUAGGUCUUCUAAUGGCGGUAGUAAUUCACCUACUUUAAGUUUAGGAAAAGUUUCCGUAUCUGAUUCCAUGACUGGUUCGUUUUGGUCCCAGGACGAACCGUUCGAAGUUACUGCUACCCCCCGUUACACGAACAUGUUCGAGAUGCAAAUGCUACAAACAAGUUUGAAACAACGAGACGGAGAAGUGCAACAACUACAGUGGGAAUUGAAUCGACGAGAACAAGAACGCAACCUCCUCAAUAACGAAAUAUCUAAUUUAUUAACGAAAGUAGAAAAUUUGGAAGGUAAAGUAACCGAAUUCGACAGCCUAAAAAUAAAAUUCGACGAAUUGGAACAACAAUAUGAUACGUUGUGUCAACUGUAUGGGGAAAAAGUUGAGCAAAACGAAGAAUUGAAAUUGGAUUUGGAGGAUGUCAAGGAUAUGUAUAAGAGUCAAAUCGAUGAAUUAUUGAGACAGCAAAGAGAACGUGCUAAAUAGGUUUUAUUUUAUUUAUGAAAAAGGAAACUAAAGACUUAUAAUCCAUAAGGAAUUAGUUAUUGAUUAGGGGGGUAUUCUGGUCUAGAAGACUAAAUUUUAGGCAUUUUGAAACUAACGUGAAAAAAUGUUUACUAUCCAUUUUUUUAUAAGAUAUUUAUUGACUUAUUAAGAAAAUAAAAAUAAAAAUAUCUCAAUUCUUGGAAUAAAAUUAUUCACCUACCAGUAGGGAAACUCACGAUUCGACUAAUUUAGCAACUAGAAAGUUUAAUAGAAAGUAAAUGUACAAAAUGUGAUUAUAAAUUGAUAAUCCAACUCAUUUUCCACAUAAUUAUGGGACAAAAAGAAAAAUCCUGAAGUUUUUUGAAUAAAAUUAUUCACCUACCAGUAGGGA